UUUCGUGGCGCUGUUUCUGUAUCAUAAUACUUCCGGUGUAACAGUGUCCAUGCAAGUGGGUUUUGUCAAUUUGUAUCAACCAUUUAGUGAAAUACAGAGCGAGUUGACUGAUUUCUGGACUUUAUAUUAAGCUUCAGCGGGUUCGCUGUAACUGAAGCCAAACAUGGAUAUCCCCAACCCCCCCGAAGAUCAAGAGCUGAGGAAUGUGAUUGACAAGCUGGCCCAGUUUGUCGCUCGGAACGGGCCAGAGUUUGAAAAGAUGACAAUGGAGAAACAGAAGGACAACCCUAAGUUCUCCUUCCUCUUUGGAGGAGAGUACUUCAGCUACUACAAGUGCAAGCUUGUUAUGGAGCAACAGCAGCAUCCCUCUACCCACGAUGGGGAGGAGUAUAAAUCUGAAGACAUGUACAACCCAGGUGCCAAAGAUGUGGUUGAUAUGCCCCCUCCACAAAUGCAGAUGAUUGCUCCGCCUCCAAUUGCUCCACCUGCUACGCCUUCUAUCGAUGAGCUUAUCCAACAGAGCCAAUGGAAUCUGCAGCAGCAGGAGCAGCAUAUGCAUACACUCAGACAGGAACAAGUGACUGCAGCCAUAGCUCUGGCUAUGGAGCAGCAGACCCAAAAAUUGCUGCUGGAAACUCAGUUGGACAUCACCGAGUUUGACAACCUGCUGCAGCCCAUUAUAGACACCUGCACCAAAGAUGCCAUCUCUGCUGGUAAGAACUGGAUGUUCAACAAUGCCAAGACUCCGCAGCACUGUGAACUGAUGACAUCACAUCUUCGCAACCGCAUCACUGCUGAUGGAGCGCAUUUUGAGCUCCGCCUACAUCUCAUCUAUUUAACCAAUGAUGUUCUCCAUCACUGCCAGCGGAAACAGCAGAAGGAUUUGUUGGCAGCCCUGCAGAAAGUUGUGGUUCCCAUCUACUGCACCAGCUUCCUGGCUGUCGAGGAGGAGAAGCAGCAGAAGAUCACCAGGUUGUUGCAGCUUUGGGAGAAGAAUGGGUAUUUUGAUGAGGAGACAAUUCAGCAGCUCCAGAAUCCAGCACUGGGCCUUGGCCAGUACCAGGCAUCUCUGAUAACGGAGUACGCUGCGGUGGUGCAGCCGAUCCAGCUGGCCUUCCAGCAGCAGAUCCAGGCUUUGAAGACCCAGCAUGAAGAGUUUGUUGCCAGCCUGAAGCAACAGCCACAGCCGCAGUCACAGCCACAGCCGCAGCCUGCCCCUGUAGCACAGCUGGCUAUCCCCACAGAGCCUGAAAAGGCCCCUCCUAUGACUACACAAGCUGGGGAUGUGAAGCCUCCCAUGCCAGGUCCUCCUCCAGGGGAGUUUGAUGGAGCUUCAUCCAGACCUCAGGACCCCAGCAACCCCAGUGGUCCCUCAGAUAUCCCCUCCAACAAGCCUGCGUGGUAUGACCCCCAGCACAUGGGUCCCUGGAACCCCAACCAGCCGGUAAAAGUCUGUCCUCCUUUUGACCCAAACCAGCCUCCCCCUCCUUGUCCUCCUUGGAACAGCCAUGAAGGGAUGUGGAAUGAUCAGAGGGACCCAGGGAACUGGAGUGGAGGUCCACCCAGAGAAGGAGGCCCCUGGAGUGGUCCUGGUGGGUCUGACCCAGGCCCCCCCUCUUGGAACUCAUAUGACCAGCAGCCACCAUGGGGGAACCAGCCUGACCAGCCCCCCUGGGGCCAGAGGGAGCCCCCAUUUCCUCCACGCAUGCAGAGACCUCCCCAUUUCAGAGGGCCAUUCCCUCCCCACCAGCAGCCACCUCCUUUCAACCAGCCCCCCCCACCACCACACAAUUUUGGACGCUUCCCGCCACGCUUCAUGCAGGACGACUUUCCUCCAAGACACCACUACGACAGGCCGCCAUACACCCCACACCGCUUUGACUACGCUCAGGGAGAUUAUCCCGGAGACAUGCCAGGUCCUCCUCCUCCUCCUCCCCACCACCAUCCCAAUCAGAGGCUCCCUCCCCCAGGUAUGGGGGCUGAUCAUCCUCCAUGGGGUGGAAGCCAACACCCAGAUUUUGGCCCACCCCCCCACGGCUUCAACGGCCAUUCACCCCACAUCCGUCAUCGGCAGCAUCCGGUCCAAGAUGACCCCAGUCUGGUGCCCAACGUGCCCUACUUUGACCUGCCAGCUGGUCUCAUGGCUCCACUAGUCAAACUUGAGGACUGUGAUUAUAAGCCUCUGGAUCCUAAAGACAUCCGGCUGCCCCCUCCCAUGCCACCUAGUGAUCGGUUGCUAGCUGCUGUGGAAGCUUUCUACAGCCCUCCAUCCCAUGAUCGACCCCGUAACAGUGAAGGCUGGGAACAGAAUGGCUUAUAUGAGUUCUUCAGGGCCAAGAUGAGAGCCAGGAGGAAAAAGGGACAAGAGAAACGCAACAGUGGACGUGGAGGCAGUCGCUCCAGAAGUCGCUCUCGCAGCAGAGGGAGGUCUUCAUCUCGCUCCAGCUCUCGUUCCUCCAAGUCCUCCAGGUCACGGUCACGUUCCUCUCGCUCCCGCAGCCGCUCCCGCUCCUACUCACGAUCCAGGUCCAGGAGUAGAUCCAGGUCAUCUCGAAGUCACUCUCGCUCCAGAUCCAGAUCUCGUUCUCGGUCACCUGGAAAGAGACGCCGUGGCGCCAAAUCCAGGAGCUCCUCCCCUCCCUCCUCGUCAGUGUUGGGGGCUCCUCCCUCCAAACUGACUGCAGAUAACAGGCUAGGGGAGGAGAACAAGGGCCAUCAGCUGCUGAUGAAGAUGGGCUGGAGUGGUUCAGGAGGGUUGGGAGCCAAAGAACAGGGCAUCCAGGACCCCAUCAAAGGAGGCGACAUCAGGGAUAAAUGGGACCAGUAUAAAGGUGUGGGAGUGUCACUAGACGACCCUUACGAGAACUAUCGCAGGAACAAGAGCUACAACUUUGUCGCCCGCAUGAAGGCACGAGAGGAAGUCAAUCGGGAACCUCAGGAGGCCCCCACAACCGACUGAUGGCAUCAAACAACCUCCCCAUCUGCUCCAUCACCACCUCCACCAAGGAUCUGAGUCUCACUGUCAGUAUUCCAUCCGAGAUUCUAGUCAGAGAUCCCAAAUCCUUCUUCAUUCCUCAGAAACCAGAGUGAUGAUACAAAGUAGCACCACACUAGGUGGAAAAAGUGCAGCUCUUCUGUUCUCUGCAAUUGCAAAAGCAUGGAUGAGUUUUUCCAAACGAAGCGUCAGCAUUUCAGAUGGAACAGUCGGCACCAACAGAAGUAACGCUGCAGAACUCAGCAGGAUUCUCAUAUUAGCCUUUACCGGGACACUGCUACUACAGUCUAACUCACUCAUAUUUCACUUCCAAUGUUUCUGAUUUUAAAUAAAUCAGAGUUUGAGAACUCCUUCAGUGUGUAGGUUGAUAACAGUGCUGAUUCAGACUGUGCCUCAGCAUUUAUGAUAGCUGCAGCAGUGCUUUUGAUUUAUGCACACAUGUCAACAGUUGAAUGAAGAAGUAUGUUAAAUUAUUUUAAAGUGGGAUUUACAGUUAAAUAUGUUCCUCUCCCUCUAGUUGUUUGGUUAAAGUGUCAGUUUCACCCAAAUAAAAAAAAAAAAAAAGAUUUCAUUUACCUCUCAUGGUAUGUACAAUAUAGAUGCAUUCAGUUUAAUCUGCUGGGGGACAUUUUGAAAAAUAAAUUCAUUUUUGAAAGUUUAUUUAAAUUCAACAGCAAUGUUUGUUUCCAAGAAUAAUGUCCUACUUACUAAUCUACAGAUCUUACUAUGGAACUACUUUCUGCUGAAUAAAUAGUCCUCGUGAAAACUGCUCACUGUGGGUGGUGUCAGUAAUCUCUCUGGUGGAGAUCUCCAAAAUUUUGUGGAAACAUUUACACAUUUUUAGCACUUGUGUAAGCUGACCCUUUGAGACAGAAUGUAGAAUAAGAAGGUGAGGUGGCUCCUCUUUUGAAUCUUUUUUCACUGCUGAUUAUUGAUACUUUUUCAUGUAAUUACUUCCUAUUCUGAGUUAUGUAAGUAUUUCAUGUAGUUGUAGUAUUAAAAUAAAUCCCCCAGAACAAAAACAUCAUAAAUAUGAGAUACAUUUUUUUUGUCUCCACAAACAGUGUAGAGACAUAAGCAAAAUAAACAGAAUUUUUUUUGCUUCAUGUAUAUGUAGAAGGAAGGAGCAGUUUUCAGUGAGCAGAUCAAUUUUGUUCUGACGCCACUGAUAACUAGUCAGUUUAGGACUUUAAAUAACUGUAAUGAAA